AUGAGACUUACCAACGCCCUCUGUGUGAUUAUCCUGGCCGCCACUGCCAGCGCGGUUGCCAUUCCCGAGCCUCUUGCUCUCCCUCUCCCAGAGGCAUACGCUGAGGCGAAAUGCGGCGAGUUUGGAGAAUGUGGCCGAGUCAAGCGAGCCGCCGAGGCGUUUGCUGAAGCCUUCGCCGAGCCUUCUGCAGAACCAGAGGACUCCAUUGUCAUGGCACGAUGCAACCUUGUCGGAGGUGCAUGCUACGAAGCCAAGCGCCUUGCUCGUGACCUCGCGAGCGUGCUCGCCCAUACCCGUGACGAAGGCUCUGCAUUCGUCGCCCGUCUCGCUCUUGAAGACGAAGAAACCUCUGACCUUAAGGCACGCGAGGCCGAAGCCAAGUGCGGGAAGGUCGGACAACCCUGCGGAAAGAUAAAGCGUGUCGCAGAGCCUGAGGCCAAGUGCGGAAAGGUCGGACAACCCUGCGGAAAGGCCAAGCGUAUCGCAGACCCAGAGGCCGAGGCCAAGUGCGGCAAGGUUGGACAACCAUGUGGCAAGCUUCGACGCGCAGCUGAGGCCAUUGCUGAGGCAAUUGCAGAGCCAGAAUGCGGCAAGGUCGGACAACCCUGUGGAAAGGCAAAGCGUGAGGCGGAUGCCCUGGCUGAGGCUGAGGCCGUGUGCGGCAAAGUUGGACAGCCAUGCGGAAAGGCAAAGCGUGAUGCUUUGGCUGCUGCCAUUGCUGAAGCCGACGCGAAGUGUGGUAAGGUUGGACAGCCCUGUGGCAAGGCCAAGCGUGACGCACACGCCAUCGCCUCCGCUGUCAGCACUGUUCUCGAACAGCUAUAA